CACAGCGGGGACGUGUUUCGGAAUUUUGCGGAAAAAUUGCGGAAUUUUGGGAGUUUCUACUUUCCAAAACCGGUAUUAAGAAGUGUUUGAACAAAUGAAAAUGCAACUACUCACGGUUGUUUUACGGUAUUGAAGGUUGUUUGCCGUUAGUUUCCCGGAACGGGUUGUUUUCCUGAGGCUGAUAAGGCUGCGAUAAGUGUUGGCGAACAUGCUUACACCUUUCACCAUGUUCCGUGGGUCAAUCCAUCUUCCAUCGUUAUCGAGCCUCCUGUGGUUUGGAUUCUACUACUUGACCGUUGUUGCAGCACGGCCCAACCUCGUGGAUAACGGUACCGAUUCACAGUUGAGCGAUCAUGAGUUUACCUACGUUUCCAGCUGGCCCAUAGUGGAUCGUAAGCUGGGAUCCGUCUCAGCGGUGGCCAUUAACGGGGGCGGUAAUGUGGUGAUUUUGCACAGAGGAUCGCACGUUUGGAAUAUUGCGUCGUUCGACGUAAAGAACAACUAUCUCAACGCAACAGGUGGUCCCAUCGCCGAACGCACCGUACUAACGUUCGAUCGUAACAGUGGCCAGUUAUUGCACGAGUGGGGAGAAGAUCUGUUCUAUAUGCCCCACGGACUGACGAUCGAUCAUGAGCAAAACUACUGGAUCACGGAUGUAGCUCUGCACCAGGUGUUCAAGUUUAACGUGAGCCAUUCAACGAAGGAACCCGUGCUGUCGCUGGGACAACGGUUUCAGCCCGGAAAUGAUUUCUAUCAUUUCUGCAAACCUACAUCGGUAGCCGUACUUCCAAGCGGAGACUUUUUCGUCGCCGAUGGUUACUGUAACGGACGAAUCAUCAAGUAUACGCCGGAAGGAAUACCGAUCCUAUCUUGGGGACGAAAUUCAUUCAUUUUGACCCGUACUUUCAAUCUGCCCAGCGGACCGAUUCCGACUAGCUUCUUUGCUAUACCACAUGCCCUUACCGUUGUUCCUAAACAGGACUUGCUUUGUGUGGCAGAUCGGGAACAGGGUCGUGUGCAGUGUUUUCACACAGCGAACGGUACAUAUCAUUCACAGUUCCAUAGCGAUGAGAUCGGAACACGACUAUUCAGCGUAAAGUACGUCGAGUACGAUGGAACCGACCUACUGUACAUCAUUAAUGGGCCACAAUUCAACAUCGAUUCUAAACCGAUUGUGGGGUUUAUUUACGAAAUGGGCGCCAAUCGUGUAGUGGGACAUUUUCGCCCAGAGAACUCGUUGCACGCGUUCAGCAAUCCACACGAGCUUGCCGUAUCGGACGAUGGAGUGGAGGUGUAUGUAGCCGAAUUGAAUCCUCAAAUGGUGCACAAAUUCCAGAGAGUCACGCGCCACGGUGAAGAUGUUCGGUCUUCAACCCUGCUCAAACAAUCCGCAGAAUUUCCCACAACUGCCCCUAGGCAAAUGGAAAAAAACGUAGAUAUCAAACCGAUAAAUAUGAAGGAUAGUAGUGCUGGUGGUGGUCUUACGGUUGGUACAAUUCAAAUAUUUUCCAUCGUAAGCACCUUACUCACGACUGCGUUCCUAGUAGUGUUGAUGGCGCGCAUAUUCUGCUUCCGUCCCAGUACUGGUGCGUCCGAACGAACUGAUGAGUUCACUCUGGUGGGCUUGCAGGACCGAGACGACGACAUGUAG